AUGUUACAAUGUUUCGAAUGUGAACCAAAAAAUUACAAUUUUCUUAUAACACCCGAUAAUGUUCCCUCGACAUUUAACUGUACAAUAAUUGUUAUACCAAAUAAAUUUUGUUCAUUAGAUAUUUGGACAACUGAUAAUGGAACAAAAAGUGAUCUUCGUAUAAAUGUAAUAGAUACUCCAGAAAGAAGAGAUGUUCCCUAUGUUUUGACUGGAUUUACUCAACAUAAUAGUGGAAAUUUUUCUACGUAUAUUUUGUAUCAUUGUUUAACAGAUAAAUGUAAUAAUCCUGAAGUUGUUCUUAAACGUUUGCUUGAAUCAACAACAACUGAAAUCAAACCACCUAGUCGAUCAUCUGUAGAUCAAUCACAAUUACCAACAUCCAUCGAAUGUUUUAUCUAUUCAAAUUUUACAAAUUCAAGUGAAUGUAAACCAGCACGUCGAAAAACAACAACAACAGAAAAAGAAGAUUGCUCAUUUUGUACAACAUUCAUUAACAUUGAUCCAAACAAUUUAUUAACAGAAAGAGUAUGUUCAUAUUGUGAAAAUUCUCCACAAUCAAUUGAAAAAUGGAGAUUUAUUGAUGGAAGAAUUCAUUUAUUAAAUGAUCGUGUUAGUUAUUUAGAUUAUGUGUCCUACGUUUGUAAUACAACAAACAAUUGUAAUUCAUUAGAAAAUAUUAAAAAUAUACAAAACACAUAUAAAAUUGAAUUUAAUUUUGAUAAAUUUUUAGGACCUAUCAGUACUGGAAAUAGACCAAAAUUUUAUGCUAUUCACGAAGAUGGACUUGAGGCUUAUUGUGCUUAUUUUUAUCCGAAAGCAGAACGACCUGUCUGGAUUCCGGGACAUGCUCAAGGUUAUCAUGCAUUGACCUAUGGAUGGUUAGCUGGUGAACUUAUACGACGAGUCGAUCCACAGAAGCGAACAAUCGGAGAAUUUAUUCGAGAAGAAAUUGCCGAUCCAAUACAAACUGAAUUCUAUAUUGGUCUUCCGCAAGAAUUCGAACAACGAGUAUCACCGUUAAUUUUGACCGAUGUCGAAGGAAUCUUGAAUAGUUCCAUGUUGACAGUGUUUCGUUUCUACAAUGAAGCCCAAACACAUCAAGCAGAAAUUCCAGCUGCAAACGGCAUCACUAAUGCACGAUCGUUAGCUCGUAUUUUUGCUUCACUCAUCGGCAAUAUUGAUGAUCGAAAGGAUAGUCGAUUAUUGCAACCAGAAAUCUUGCAACAUGCCACAACAUCGAAUACAUUGCCAAAUGAAACUGAUACCAUCUUGCAAAUAUCACUUCCUUUCGGUAUGGGUUUUGCACUUUACGAACAAGAUUUCCCAAUGUUCGGACCGAAAUCAUUUGGCCAUAGCGGAGCGGGCGGUAGUAUUGCAUUUGCUGCUCCAGCCAAGAAUCUUUCGUUUGCCUACGUCAUGAAUCGAUUCAAUUUAGAGCCAAUCACUAUUAACAAUACUCGAAUUGGUAGUAUUCUAAAUAGAAUCGGAAUGAUGCUCGACGAUAACCAUUCAAACUGA